AUGGCGAAUACAUUUGACUACAUUAUUGUCGGGGGUGGAACUGCAGGAGUAACAAUUGCCAGUCGACUUUCUGCUGCUCUUCCGGCGUUAUCGUUUCUCCUCCUCGAAGCUGGUCCCGAUGGAGAUCCUCGGCUUGAGCCAACGCAAGGUUAUCGCGCUGGGCUCGACCCAGCCAUUGAGUGGAAUCACAAGACUGUACCUCAGGAAGGCUUAGCUGGUAAAUUCGUCAGCCAGCUGCAAGGAAAGAUCAUGGGUGGAUCUUCAGCUAUCAAUGUUCAAGGCUGGACAAGAGGUGCUGCUGUAGACUUUGAUCAAUGGGCAGAGCAGGUUGGGGAUGAUCGAUGGUCGUGGUCUGGACAGCUACCUUACUUCAAGAAAUCGGAGACAUUCUUUCCAGCCAAGUCCAAUACUGUCGAUCUUGCUAAACUUCACGGAGUAGACGGGCCUAUUAAGGUUGCUCAAGUUACAAACUCUGGCAGACAACGCAAUUAUCCAUUACGAGAUAUGAUUGCCCAAUCAUACCAAUCUACUGGGGUUAAAUGGAUUCCUGAUGGCAAUGCGGGAGAUCCAUUAGGCUACUGCGAGGGUGCGCAUAAUACAUAUGAUGGCAAGAGAUACUAUGCUUCGAAUUGUUACAAGCUUGGAGAGAAUGUAACGACAUAUAAUAAAGUGUUGGCCGAGCAUUUGAUAUUCGAAGGCAACAAAGUGGUUGGGGUCCAACUUUCUCGUGACUCGGAAAGACUCAUAGUAAAGGCGAAGAAAGAGGUUCUAGUUUGCAGUGGAGUGCAAGGAUCUGCCAAGUUGCUGCUUCUGAGUGGCAUUGGCCCCACAGAAGAACUGAAGAAGCAUAACAUCCCACAAAUCUGCCAUCUACCAGUAGGAGAGAACUACUCCGACCACCCAAACUUCCAAACCUUCUGGAAAGUUCGCGAUCGAGGUCUCUCACUCGGUGACAUGCCAAUGGUGACUCCAGAAUGCGAUUGGACAGCCGGUCUCCCCGGAGAUUUGAUGGCAUGGCACAAUCAUUCAGACCUUCUGCCGAAAAUUGAGAACGCCAGCAUAGAUCCCAAUAUAUAUGCCCUAUUGACAGCGAACGGAAAACCUCACACCGAGUCAUUUGCACUCUAUGGCCAUAUCGACCUUGGUCAAUGCGGUGUUGAAAACCCAGGAGGCUCCUGCUUCACAUUGGCAAACGUGCUUGUAUCACCCACCUCAAGAGGAACACUCAAACUUGCAUCUUCCGAUCCCCUUGACGCUCCGAUCCUUGAUCCAAAUCUCCUGUCGAACGAGCUUGAUACUCAGCUCAUGUAUGCUUGUGGUCGACUCACCAUUGCUAUGAUGCAAAGUCCUACCGCUCAGAGAUAUGGAGUCAUGGAGUAUGGCGUUGAUGAGAGUAUCAGAAACGAUUUGUCUGAUGCGGCGAUGAGGAAGAGGUUGUUGUAUACAGGGAGAACUUUGAAUCAUGGAAGUGGCACAUGCGCUAUGGGUAGUGUGGUGGAUACGGAAUGUAGAGUGAAAGGCUUGGAGGGGUUGAGAGUUAUGGAUGCAAGUGUAUUUCCAGCUCCUUUGGGAGCGCACUACCAAGCUGCUGUUUAUGCUCUUGCUGAGCAGAUGGCGCAGCUUAUUAUCGACAGCCAAGUUACUUAA